UUCACACGGACACCCGUACCCGGCUUGGGCCGUGCUGCGCCUACCUUCCUCCUCCUCGGCGGCCGAGAGAGAGAAGCUCCUCCUCGGGGAGCCCCUGGCUGGGUAUUGUGACGCGCCAACUUAAGCCAUACCAGCAGGAUAGAAUUGGCCAACUCAAGGGAGUGAAGCUGCAGACCUGUGUGGGGGAAACGUAGAGUGAUGUUCCAAGCCAAGGGACCAGCCAGUACAGCCUCCGCCAAUGAGGCAAAGAGCAACUCAGGGGCAUCCACCGUGCAGAGAUCCAAGUCUUUCAGCUUGAAGGCCCAGGUGAAGGAGACAUGCAGUGCCUGCCAGAAAACUGUCUAUCCCAUGGAGCGCCUCGUGGCCGAUAAAUUUGUCUUCCACAACAGCUGUUUCUGUUGCAAGCACUGCCACACCAAGCUCAGUUUGGGUAGUUAUGCAGCUCUACACGGGGAAUUCUACUGCAAGCCACACUUCCAGCAGCUGUUCAAGAGCAAAGGGAACUAUGACGAGGGCUUUGGGCGCAAGCAACACAAGCAACUCUGGCUGCAGAAAGAGGUGGAGAACGGGACCGAUACAGCAUGACGAAGCAGGCCCCAAUUUCCCCACUUUGAGAGCCUUGGUAUGGGGAUGAACUGAGCUGAUGGAAUGCAGUGGAGCUUGCAAGGGUUGCUGGGAGCAGGGAAAGCCAGGCAGAAACAGAGUAUGGUUCCAGUGUUGUGGGAGCAAUGCUACUUGCAUAUCUGGGAACCCCAGACACUGUGCCCAUGGAGGGGUGAGAGUGGAGGAUCUUGAACAAAUCAUGUAAGAGCAGGCACACUAGCAUACUGGUGGGGGACAGGGGUUGCAGGAAUGAUGCAACAGAUAUUGGGGCUUUAUUUCCAGACUUCUUUAAAGUGAUUGCAUCUGUGAUAUAAGCUCCUGAGCAGGAGAGAUCCAUAUUUACCACACCUUAUCCUGUGCACUACCAUGUGGCAUGCGAACUCUCCCCUCACUUGUCACACAUCUUGCAAACUCAACUACAGAUCCUAUGAAACAGCCUAGAUUGGGGAAAUUGCUGGGUUACAAUUUCCUUUGUCAUAGAACCUUGGGCCAGGGAAACCCUUCCAACAGGCUUUAGUUAAUGCCUACUACACCUUAUGUUUACACUCCAAUCCCAUCCCAUCUAGUUAUGGAGUGGCAAAGGAGAAUGACUCUAUUAAAGUAUCUGGUUGUCUGGAGAAACAGGAAUCUCGCUUUUAAAGGAAAUUUUAUGAUGGGGCAGGGCACACAGUAAAUGCUGACUAUUAAUUUGGCCAAAAUGCAUUUCUACCUCUCCCUUUAUUUAAAACAUUCCCAGAUUAGCCUGUACUUUUCCUGCUGGGAGACUGUGCUUCUGUUGCAGAGAUCACACUCAUAUAGUCCUGUGGGGAAAGAUAUGCAUGCUAAGAAAGCAUGGAAAGAGAACAUGCUGCUUUCCAGAGAACCAGUUUCCUAUUGUGAUGAAAGGGAGGGAGAAGCAAUCCUGGAGAAACAGAGGGCGAGUGUGGAGAUAGUGCAACAUUGACUGAAAUGUGCAUACCAAUCCAGUUUUGAACACGAAAACAGGAAUUGGAUGGGAUUCCAAACCUUGCACCUUCAUUUUCAUCAGCUCGGUUCUGCCCAAACAUUUAGCCUUAAAUCCUGGGGAAGCAUUCAAUGUCUAUCUUUUAUAUUUGCCUUUUUCAGUGGUACGUGGUUAAGCUGAAGCACAAACUCGUGGUGUUGUGUCCAGAGUUGCGCUGUCUGCUGUCUUAUUUUUGUAAUAUAAGUUUUCUGAACCUUU